AUGGGCAGCAGUACGGACGAUGAAGGACCUAAUGGUGGAAGGGCAGCGCUCAUGUGCACAUCGUGCGGCUGCCACCGGAACUUUGACAGGCCGAAAGUGGAUCCUUCUGCAGUUCUUCGCAACAGCAGAUGGUGUCCCCGUGAACAGUCCACGACGAGAGAGUCAUCGACGAUGCCGAUUUCAGCGGUGUGUCACUGCUGA